AUGAACUAUAAGGACACUUCAUCCAGUGAUCCUAAGGUAAUUGUUGGUUGGUUCGCCGAUAAUUUUCAAAGCAUUUAUAAAUCUUCAAAUCUACUUGUGGGAAAUAACUUUGAUGCUAGUAGUUUAUCGCCAAUAACUGACUGUUGUUAUAUGUAUGUUGAUCAUGAUGAGGUGAUAAAUGCUCUUCGAAGUGGUGAGUUUUUGGAUGAUUGGAAAACUUCUUAUGUCAAUCCCGUUUAUAAGUCAGAAAGACUUCUAAUGGACAUUCACAAAACUCUAUUAAAAGCCAGCAAGAUGAUUUCAAAGAUCUUUCUCCUUAUUGGAGUCAUUACAGUCGUUCAGGGAACAAUUUUAUGUCCUCUUUUUGAGCUACCAUCACUUUUCGAUUGCGAUGAUAAUUGUUCAGGCGUUAGCAGAAAAUGUGUCCCUGGCUUAGAGUGCACCUGUAUCAUAGGUUACAAACGGGACAAGACGGGUAAAUGCGUCCCACAAAAUAAAUGCUGUACUGAAAAGAAUGAAGAAUAUUGCACAACGGGAACCGAACGGACUUGUGACGACGUUAUAAAUCCAAGGACUGUUAUUAUCCCUCCAAUUAAACCAGGCAGAUGCAUGUGUAAAAAGGGAACAGCUCGAAAUAACGAGGGAAAAUGCGUUCUUGAGAAAAACUGUCCCAAAUGUACGGGAGCAAAUGAAGUUUUUAAAACUAAAGGAUGUGACACCAAAUGCAAUCUUAAAGGAAUCGAUCCUAUUGAGUGUGUUCAUCGUAAGAAUGGAUGUUAUUGCAAAAAGGGUUAUGUCAGGCAAAAUGAUAUCGAUAAAGAUUGUAUCCGUCAAACUGAGUGCAAGUGUAAUUCGGAAAAUGAAUGUUAUUUGAUCAAUGGAGGCUGUGAGAAGGAUUGCAGGGGAAAUAAUUGCCAUACGUGUCCAGGACGAGCUGGAUGCUACUGUGAGAAGAAUUAUGUAAGAGACUUGAGAGACGAUAAAUGUAUUUUGAAAAAACAUUGCAUGAAAGAGUGUCCUGCAAGGCAGAGGUUGUUGGCGAUCGUUCGUAAAUAA